GACCAAGCGGAGGAUGAUGUUCGGGAUCUAUGACGAUGAUUCAUGACUAUAUACGAAGGGACACCCGCCCUUUUUGUUGUGCUACUUCUUUCUCUUCUGCCAUUUCACCCUUCUGCCUCCUAUGGCCGCCUAGCUCCCAUUAGUACCAUUUAUAUCACUAUCACGCAUCAUGGUCUUCGGGUGCAAAUCCGUGCCCUUCGAUCCGGAGAAGGACAUCCCGCCGCUCAACGGCAAAGUAAUUCUUGUGACGGGCGGCAACAUUGGCCUGGGCAAGCAAUGCGUGUUAGAAUAUGCCCGCCACCAACCGGCACUGAUCUGGCUGGCAGCCCGCAACGUCGACAAGGCCCAAGCCGCGGUCGAUGAGAUCCGGCAGCAAGUGCCCAACACACCCCCGAUCAAGGUGCUGUCGAUGGACCUUUCAUCCCUAGACUCGGUAGUACAGGCCGCCCGCACGGUGAUAACCGAGUCCGACUGCCUAGACAUCCUGAUGCUCAAUGCGGGGGUCAUGGCUGCCCCGCCGGGCCUGACCCAGAACGGCUACGAGCUGCAGUUCGGCACCAACUACCUCGGCCAUGCACUGCUGGUCAAGCUCCUGCUGCCGCUGCUGGAGCGGACCGUCGGGUCUGAUAGAGACACCAGCGGCCCCCCGCAGGAUGUACGUAUCGUCGCGGUCUCGUCGCACGCCCUCAUUUAUGCCCCCAAAGAAGGCAUGCUCUUCGACUUGCUGCGCAAACCCGCCGACGACCUCGGCGCGUUCGGCCGCUAUGGACAAAGCAAGUUGGCCAUGGUCCUCUGGACGCGUCAUCUGGCUCGCAAAUACCCGCAAUUUACCUGUGUGUCCAUUCAUCCGGGUAUCGUGCGCACCAAUCUCGUGAACAACGCCACGGGCUCACCGCCCGUUGUCCGGCUACUGGGAAAGGUGGCCAGAUGGGGCUUUACCUCAGUUGACCAGGGAGCGCACAAUCAGCUCUGGGCGUCAGUAUCUAAGGACGUCCAGAGCGGCGAAUAUUACGAGCCCGUGGGGAUUGCGGGGGCCGUCUCGCCGUUAGGAGAGGAUGAUGCCCUGGCGCAGAAGAUCUGGGAUUGGACGGAAAAGGAACUUGAGAGAUAUGUGGUGUAGUGAGCGAACAGAAUGCAUUGUAAUUUUCCAUGCUAGAUAACGUACGUAACCCACGGCUGAGCUGUGCACUUCUGCACUCCAUAUAAAAUGGCAC